AUGCCCACAGACCGUCGCUCGCGGCAGCGCUAUUCGAGCGCCACGGCAGCGCCUUUCUCUCCCGCGGACGAUGCGGUGGACGUGCCUCCGCCCUCCGCGCCCAGCCGGCGCGCGUUCGGCUGGCGGCGCGGGAUCCUAGUCGCACAAGGCGGCGGCCUAGGAGGAGGAGGUGAUGGACCACGGGAACGCGAGCUACGCGAUGCUGGACCAGAACCUGUUGGGGCCGGGCAAGCGGCAGCGUGAGGUGAUGAAGGAGGCGGUGCGCAGCGGAGAGCAGUACGCGUUCUUCGACGCGCUGGUCGAGGAGCUCGUGCAGGACCCGCGGUGCGAGGAGUUUCUCAAGCCGGUGCUCGAGGUGUAUGACGACGAGGAAGUGCCCGAGUAUAGGCAGCAGAUUAAACGGCCGAUGGACCUUGGGACUAUUGAGAAGAGAAUUAAGGGAGGGGAACAUAUCAAGGAAACGCGCCGGGUGUUUGAAUUUGACCAGGAAGAGUGCGGAAUUGAUAUCCGGCUCUGCUUGGGAACUGCAUGGACUACAACGACCCGAAGAGCGAGAUCCAUGAGAUGGCGCGCAAGCUGCUGAAGAAGGCGACGACGAUGAUCUCGGGGCUGGAGAGUAAGCUGGAGCGGGUGAAGGAGAGCGCGCAGAAGAAGUUGAAGCGCGAGCAGGAGCGGCGGUGGACGAAGACGGCGGAGGAGGAGGGGGCGCCGGCGGCCAAGCAGGCGCGGAAGGCGUCGGUGGUGAUGGGGAAGAUGAAGCGCGAGACCGAAGAGGCGGAGCGGAAGCGGCUGCAGGAGAUCAAGAAGGAGGCGGAGUGGAAGACGAGGAUGCAGCACGAGAAGGGGAAGGCGGUGGCCGCGGUCGUGCAGGAGGCGCUGGCGAAGAAGGAGCGGGAGGGGCGGGUGAUGAACACGAGCAGCGUGAGGUUCGACGAGCGCGACGGGCGCGGCGAGCUGACGUUUAUGUUUGUGUCGACGGUGGGGAUGGAGAAGAAGCGCGGGCGGAAGAGCGGUAAGAAUAAAGCUUCAAGUACACCGUUACAGUACUUAACGUUUCCU